AAUUGUUUGACGUUGAUAUUCAUGCCAAUAUCUACGAACACAGCUUCUAUUCUUACACUCAUAAUUGUGACAGAAACCAUCUGUUGCAGGACACGUCUGUAGGUUGAACAAGGCUAAACUGACGACCAUUUAAUUAUCGUCGUUCAGCUUAGUACGGAUAUUCACGAUGAAAGUAUCAACGUACCAUUUGAUUACUGCGGUCGAUGAAACCUACUCAACCGCUCGACACAAAAUUUCAAGUUGCGUGACUUUAGGAGAGAGAAACAUUGUACAACGUUACUACAGCAAAUUUGCGGCUUGUAUUAGUGUAGCGAAUAAACGAUGUUCUGAACAUUAUAACAAGGAGUUUAGUAAGAAAUGCCAGGGUAUGAGUCACAGUAAGCAGGACAGGGCACAAGGCCCGAAACGUUUGGGGAGGAGGCAAGUGGCGGCAAUGCGCAAUUGCCACUUAAUUUAUCGAACCCAAAAGGAUGAAAGGCAAAUUCGACAUCGGCGGAAUUUGAACUGAGAACAUAAAGACAGACAAAAUGCUGCUAAGCAUUUCGCCUGGCAUACUAACGUUUCUUGCCAGGUUAUUUAGCCGAAGACACUUUAUUUCACGUUGCUCCAGUUCACUCAGUCGCAGAAACGAGUUGCGACGUGACUGGUGCCAAACUGUACGGUCCUUGGCCUUUCCCUCGGAUAACAUCCGUUGUCGACAGAAUCGAGGUUAUAUAAACAGACCUAUACAUAUAUUCAUAUAUUUAUAUGUGUGUGUGUGUGUGUUUGCAUGUGACUGUACAUACCGUCUUUAUAUUUGAGUCUAUAUUAAAAUGCUUCCUGUUUAUAUAUAAAUCACAUAUUCUAUAGCAAUAGUCCGUCCCACCCAACCAACGCAAAGGUAUUAUUAUUGAAUUGCCUACCAUUUUCCAAUAAUAUACUAAUAGUGACGCAGUAAAAAUGCUUAAAAAUUAUAUUUUGUUUGUUUCUCGAUAUCUGAAUAUUAAUUUUUUAAAAAUAUCUUUUACUCCACGAAAUAAAUUUUUAUCAUAUAUUUUA